AAUCAUCCGAAGUGCCCUCUUCGCCUCAUCUCGAUCUCGCCGAGCCUAUCUCACCAGCAACAGCAAGCUCGCCUAUAGGGUUUUUGCUAGCAGCAGAUGGGGAAGGACUCCAAGCCGAAGGACGCCAAGGGGAAGGGCAAGCAGGCGGCCGGCUCGUCCGGCGGCGGCGACGACGCCGGCGGCGGCAAGGGAGGGAAGGGCAAGGGCGGCAAGUCCGCCGACGGACUCGGCACCUGCACCUACGUCAAAGCGAGGCAUGUGUUGUGCGAGAAGCAGGGGAAGAUCAAUGAAGCGUACAAGAAGUUGCAGGAUGGCUGGUUGGACAACGGGGACAAGGUCCCUCCUGCCGAGUUUGCCAAGAUAGCCCAAGAAUUCUCUGAAUGUCCAUCUGGAAAGAAAGGUGGAGAUCUUGGAUGGUUCCCACGUGGAAAAAUGGCUGGCCCUUUCCAGGAUGUUGCAUUUAGCACACCUGUGGGAGCUUGCAGUGCACCAUUUAAGUCUACGCACGGCUACCACUUCAUCCUCUGUGAAGGGAGGAAGAACUGAUCAGCCUGGUUCAGAUUGGAACGGACACACCCUCAGGCAAACGACUUGUGUCUCUGUCUACUUAAUAAGCACUGAGUGAUGGGAGUUCAUGUUCUAUGCUUAGCCUUUCUAAUGAUGUCCCAAAGAGUUAAAAGAAAAACUGUGCUUUCUGUAAGUAACCUGUGAUGCCAAGCAUGCCAUUGCCAUCUAUUUGGGAUCUGCUGAGAUGUAGCAUUUCA